GAAAGGUAGACCCACAUCAUUAACAGAGGCAUUAGGUGUUAUUAAAUCAACAGAUUCUUGUAAGGUAUUAAUAACAGGGAAGGGAGGAAUGGGCAAGACUACCCUCCUUAAAUAUAUUGCUCAUCAGUGGGCUACCGAUGAUGAACAUGUCUUUGCUGAUAAAUUACUGUUUCUGAUAAAUAUCAGGGAAAUUAAAACAAGUAAAACGUUCUUGGACAUAAUAUUGAACAAAAUUGAUUGCAAAGCAAUAAUAUUGAAGAACAAUUUGUCAUCUUAUUCAGUUGAAAGGUUCUUGGUCAUACAUGAUGAUAAAAUAGUAUUUUUGUUAGAUGGAUAUGAUGAGUUAGAAAGAAAUUCGAAGGACCCAAUAGAUCUUUUCAAUAGAAGUGAAUUUCAAAAAAGCAUGGUGGUGAUAACAUCUCGACCAGACAACACAGCUGAUUUGGUUGAAUGCUGUGAUGUACAUAUUGAAGUAAAAGGAUUCAGUCCAAGUAACAUAAAGAAGUAUAUUCAAAAUUAUUUUCAUUCAAUCAGUGAAAUCAAAAUUGGCGAUUCUUUAAUAAAAGAGUUUGGACUGGAUUCAGAGCGCCCAAGGUAUUGGGAUCGUAAUCACAAAGAAGCAUUUAAAUUGUGCUCAUCUCCACUGUUAUUGCUUAACAUUUGUACAAUAUGGGAAGUAAAACGUGUUCUUCCCACAUACUUGCCCGAUCUUUUUAAGGAACUCAUUUGUUGUAUUUUAAAUCAAUACCUAAACAGGCCUGGCAAUAAAACUGCUAUUGCCAAUUUUGAGAGAAUUCCUGAUAAAUAUAUAUCUGCCUUUUUAGUUUUAGGAGAAUGUAUGUAUACAGGACUAAAGAAAAAUAUACUGUCUAUUGACAAAUACGAUUUGUCAAAGAUGGCAAAAAAUGAAGAAUUAUUAAAUUUAGCACUGGAAUUCGGGUUUGUUUAUGAAGAUACCCCUGUUAAUCCAGGUGAUGUAAGGGAGAUGUACACACCACCACAUAAAUUAAUGUCAGAGGCAUUAGCAGGGCUGUACCUGUCUACAGAAAUUCAGAAAGGGAGUUCAAAGGUUGAGUAUGAGGAAAUAAGAUGUAAUUAUUAUUUAAAUAUGACAAGGGUGUUUGCAAUAGGAUUUUUAGGUGCUGAUGCUGAUAAGUUACUGAAACCAUGGUUGAUAGUCAGGGCCUCACAUUAUCGCUCAAUAAUACAAUGUUUAGCACAUGUAAAGAAAGAGCAUGAAGAUGAUAUUCUACUGAAAUUGGAUAACCACAUGACCAACGAUAUGAAAGCACAUAAUAAGCAAAUGUUAGAAACAUUUAAAAGUCUUCUAAAUGAUGACUUAGCAUGUAGUCGACAAAUGUUGGAGUCAUCUAGAAGUCUUGAUGACUUGUUAUCAUGUAUUCAUUUAUUAAAAUUCCUAAAGAUGACCAUGGAAAAUCCUUUAUACAGGUAUGCGUUUCAUGAUAUUCAAGAACAAAUAGUAUUUUUGAUAAAUAGGUGCAGGGAAAGGCGGUGCAAAAUUGUUGCACAUACCUUGUUGUUACUUGAAAUAUUAGAAGACUAUAUUUAUCCAUACUAUUUACUUAAAUGUAUUUCAACAUGGGAUAAGGAAGAAAUCAAUUUACUUUCAGCAGAGAUGGAAAAACAUCAUUUAAAAUAUGAUAUUUCUAAAACUAAGAUUUAUUUUAAAAUGUGUUCAACAUUCUUGAUUCAUCUCCUUAAAUAUGCAAGUGACUUAGAAGAAUUGUAUAUAGAAAAUAUAGUAUGCAAUAGCCACACAUUGGUCACAGGUGCUAUACACACUGCAGUUAUUAAUGAUUUGGACAAUGCCAAUAUAAAGUUAGUAUUAGAAAAACUUGAUAUUAGUGGCAAUGAUCUAAAUGAUAUUGAUGGAACAUUACUGGGAAAAUUAUUUAAAAUAGCUCCUAAAUUAAAAUAUCUAAAUUUAAGAAAGUGUAGGCUAUCAGGUGGUACUUUGAGGGCAAUGAUCACAGAAUGCCAGAAAAGUGAAGAUACAGUAGACCAUGUUUUGAAACACUACAUGCUUGUACUGGAGGACAAAGACCUUUCAGAUAUUGAUGGUACAUCAGUUGCUGAUUUAGUCAGGGUAGAUUAUUAUGAAUUUGAUGAUGAUGAUUAUGAUGAUACAAUUUUCAUUCUGAGUGAUUAUUCUCUUACUUUUGAUAACAUAGAAAAGCUUGUUGAAUCAGUAGGUGAAAAUAUAACAUUGGUUUGGGAAAGUAUAGAUCUGAGUAGGAUUAACCUGUCUUCAGUAAGUGGAAUAACAUUAGCUCGCCUAUUUAAAAUCUGCCCAGACCUGAUGCAUAUUAACAUGAGUUAUUGCAGUUUAUCAAGCAGGAUUGUUAAUGAAAUGAUGGAAGAAUGUUGUAGGAUGAAUGUAGUAUUGAAAGACAACAUGCUUAGUCUAAAGGGCAAUGACCUUUCAGAUAUUGAUGGUAAAUCACUUGCAGAGUUAGUCAUGGUAGUUAGAAAGUCUUAUUAUGAGGAUGGCAUUUUCAGUUGGAGUGAUUAUUCUCUUACAGCUGGUAACCUAGAAAUGCUGGUUGAAUCUGUAGGUGAAAAUAUAACAUUGAAUUGGGAUAGUAUAAAUUUGAGUGGGAUUAACCUGUCUUCAAUAAGUGGUAAAACAUUAGCUUGUGUGUUUAAGAUUUCUCCACACCUGAUCCAUAUUGACAUGAGUAACUGCAGUUUAUCAGGCAGGAUUGUUAAUGAAAUGAUGGAAGAAUGUUGUAGGAUUAAUGUAGUAUUGAAAGACAACAUGCUUAGUCUAAAGGGUAAUGACCUAUCAGAUAUUGAUGGCACAUCACUUGCAGAGUUAUUCAGGGUAAUUUGUCAAUUUGAUUCGGAUUAUUAUUAUGAUUAUGAGAAUGGCAUUUUCAGUUGGAGUGAUUAUUUUCUUACAGCUGGUAACCUAGAAAUGCUGGUUGAAUCUGUAGGUGAAAAUAUAACAUUGAAUUGGGAAGUGAUAAAUUUGAGUAGGAUUAACCUGUCUUCAAUAAGUGGUAAAACAUUAGCUCGUCUGUUUAAGAUCUCUCCAGACCUGGACAAUAUUGACAUGAGUUAUUGCAGUUUAUCAGGCAGGAUUGUUAAUGAAAUGAUGGAAGAAUGUUGUAGGAUUAAUGUAGUAUUGAAAGACAACAUGCUUAGUCUAAAGGGUAAUGACCUUUCAGAUAUUGAUGGUACAUCACUUGCAGAGUUAGUCAGGGUAAUUUGUCAAUUUGAUUCGGAUUAUUAUUAUGAUUAUGAGAAUGGCAUUUUCAGUUGGAGUGAUUAUUUUCUUACAGCUGGUAACCUAGAAAUGCUGGUUGAAUCUGUAGGUGAAAAUAUAACAUUGAAUUGGGAAGUGAUAAAUUUGAGUAGGAUUAACCUGUCUUCAGUAAGUGGUAAAACAUUAGCUCGUCUGUUUAAGAUCUCUCCAGACCUGGACAAUAUUGACAUGAGUAACUGCAGUUUAUCAGGCAGGAUUGUUAAUGAAAUGAUGGAAGAAUGUUGUAGGAUAUAUGUAGUAUUGAAAGACAACAUGCUUAGUCUAAAGGGUAAUGACCUUUCAGAUAUUGAUGGUAAAUCACUUGCAGAGUUAGUCAGGGUAGUUAAAAAGUCUUGUGAUGCUUUAACGUUAAGCAAAUUUGGUCAGCCUAUUGAUAAGAAUGUACAUGUAAUUGUCAGAUGGAGUGAUUAUUCUCUUAAAGCUGAUAACCUAGAAAAGCUAGUAGAAUCAGUAGGUGAAAAUAUAACAUUGAAUUGGCAAUUUAUAGAUUUGAGUAAUAUUAACCUAUCUUCAAUCAGUGGAAGAACAUUAGCUUGCCUUGUUAAGAUCUCUCCAGACAUGAUCCACAUUGACAUGAGUUACUGCAGUUUAUCAGGCAGGAUUGUUAAUGAAAUGUUUGUGGAAUGUAGUGUUAUGAAUGCAGUGUUGGAUGUCAACAUGCUCAAUCUGCAGGGCAACAACCUUUCAGAUGUUGAUGGUAAAUUAUUGGCAGAAAUAAUCAUAGUAUUGCAUAAGCCUAUUAUCCCUUUUAUUUGGAGUGGUUAUUUUCUUACAGCUGAUAACCUAGAAAAGCUGGUCGAAUCAGUAGCUGAAGAAAAUAUAACACUGAAUUGGCAAGUGAUAGAUUUGAGUAAUAUUAACCUAUCUUCAAUCAGUGGAAGAACAUUAGCCUGCUUAGUUAAGAUUUCUCCAGACCUGGUCCAUAUUAACAUGAGUUACUGCAGUUUAUCAGGCAGGAUUGUUUAUGAAAUGAUAGAAGAAUGCUGUGAGAUGAAUGUAGUAUUGGAAAAGAACAUGCUUAAUCUGGGGGGUAAUGACAUUUCAGAUAUUGUAAAUCACUUGUAGCAAAUUUGUUAUGACUAUAACUAAUGAAUUGUGUAAAACAAACAUACACCACAUGCUUAUAUCAUACUGUAUAUAUGUAUCAAUCAAAUUAAGCAAUCACAUGCUGUUAUGUUAUAUACAAAUAGGAUAACUAUACGUUACAAUGCAACUACAAAAUAAUAUACAAUAUUAAUUAAUAAUAAUUAAUAAUAAUAAUAAUAAUAAUAAUUAAUUAUUAAUAUUUGUUGAUUUACCAUAGUAUCCUUUAAAAUUGAGGCAAUUGACAAAGUAUUGGUUCUGGACCCCUAUUACCCCUUUAUGUACAGUAUGUUAAUAUAUGCGUUGGUAUGCGUGUGUGUGUAUAUUAUACUGUAUAUAUUUUUAGUUGUAAGUUGUGAAAAAAUGGCGAACCUCAAUUUUGUACAUUUUUGGUUGGUCAGGCGUGGCCAACACAAUUUUUUUUUUAUUUGGCCUUAAAAAAUGUAAUUAUGUGUUUCAUUAAGUAACUUUGCACUAUCAGAUUUACUUUGCUAGUAAGUUAUAUUACAUCGGUCGUUUAUAUCAAAUGAAUAAUUACAUACUUCUGAUUAACUACUGUAGAUUAUGUUCUGGUUUUAGCAACUGUGCACCUCUGUGUUAAAGCCAGGCUUCAGAGUAAUUAUUGUUA